CUAUCGUUCUCCAACUCAGUUCACUCUCUCUCUCUCUCUCUCUCUGAGAACUCACACAUUUCUGAUAGAGACUUGAGUAACAAAAUUGAUGCUCAAUUAAGUUUCGAUAAGCGAUUUGGUAUCUUGACUGAUCAUCCGAACAUGAAAUUAAUCUAUAAACAACUCAUUAUCAGAGAUGCAAGACUGGCGAUGGAUAUGGAAAUUCCUCCGAGUGAAAAUGAUGAUGGAUUAGGAGUUCUUGAACCAGAUGAUGAUAUCGAUAAUCUAAGUGUGCAGAAUGAGGAUGAACAAAUUGAAGCAGUUCAAUGUACUUUUGCAUCAGAAAAUUUGGAGUUGGAUUCUGCUUUUAAUCCUAUUGCUUCUAGGGCUUCUAUAGAAGUUAAUGGAUCAUAAGAUUAUGAGUUGGAACAUAAGGGGUUUGGUUCAUGAUUCAAAAUUAAAUGCAAUUCGUAAUGCAAUUUUGAAGAAUAACCCCACAAUUUGUACAAAUCAGGAAUCCAAGAAAGAGAAGGUAAAUGAAAAUCUCAUUCGUUCUCUUUGGGGGAGUAAUAGGUGUAACUACAUUUUCGUAGCUUCAAAAGGUGCUUCAGGAGGCAUAAUUUUCAUGUGGAAGGAAGGCAUUGUACACAUGGAAGAUCAUUUGUUAGGUGCUUUUUCAGUUUCUAUCAAAAUCAGAAAUGCUUCUGAUAAUUUUGUUUGGUUGUUUACUUCUGUUUAUGGAGCUUCAGAUUCAGGCUACUAUAAUCAAUUCUGGCAAAAAUUAAGAGACAUAAGAAUCCUUUUUGAUGAUCCUUGGUUAAUUGGGAGAGAUUUUAAUGCCAUUCUACCUGCUGAUGAGAGAAACAUUCCUGAUGGUGCUUUGAGGAAUAGAAAAUCUUUUAGAGCUUUUGUUAACAAAUUCUCUUUAAUAGAUUUACCAAUGGCUGGGGGGAGAUUCACCUGGACAAAUUCUCAACAACAACCUGCUUAUCAGAUAUUACUCUUGCAAGGUUUGGAUUUGGUAUGAAGUGGAGAUCAUGGAUCAAAUGGUGCAUUUCUACUCCGAGAUUUGUCGUAUUAUUAAAAGGAGAAGCUACUGAAAUAUUUAAGAGUAAAAAAGGAAUCAGGUAAGGUAAUCCAAUAUCACCUUUCUUAUUUAUUUUAGUAGCUGAGGUGCUUUCUUUAUUGAUCAAAAAAGCUGCAGAUGAAGGUCUUAUAGCUGGUUUUUCUGUCUCCCAAGAAGGUAUUCUGAUAACUCAUCUUCAAUUUGCUGAUGAUUUCAUUGUUUAUCUCAAAGAUGAUGAAGAACAAAUUCAAAAUAUGAGAAAUAUUCUUUUGGGUUUUAAGAUUAUUUCUGGUCUUAAGGUUAACUACAGAAAAAGUACUAUUGUGGGCCUAUGGCAGUUACGUAAUGCAGAAAUUUGUGCUGACAUUUUUGGUUGUUCUGUGACCCAAUUACCAAUGAAUUACUUAGGUAUUCCUCUUGGUAGUAAUUCCAAGAACAGAAUUAUUUGGAAUGAAAUCAUUCAUAGGCUUCAACAAAACUUUAUAACUGGAAAAGAAGAUAUUAAUCUAAGGGCCAAAGGUUGAUAAUGAUUCAAAGUGUGCUUUCUAGUCUACCUAUAUAUUACUUGACAAUGUUUCAAAUGCAUGUGUCUGUGUCUAAAGAAACUGAGAAAAUCAUGAGGAAUUUUCUUUGGGGAUCAAAUAAUUCUACUAAAAAGAGGAGUUCGGUGUCUUGGUGAAGAACUAGUUUGCCAAAAUGUAGAGGAGGUAUUGGUAUUAAGAAGCUGCAGUUGAUGAAUAAGGUUUUACACUCUAAAUGAAUAUGGAUAUAUGGUUCAGAGAAGUAUGCUUUAUGGAGGAGAAUUAUAAAUAAAAAAUUUGGAGGUGCAGUAGAUGCUUUCUUUCCUUCUCUGACAAGGAACUCUAUAUGUCACAGUGUGUGGAUUGACAUCUUGAAAACUAGAGAGUUUGUUAAAUCUGGAAAAUCAUUGUAUAUUGGUUUUGGCAUGUGUAUGUACUUCCGGUAUGAUGUGUGGAUUGUGGAAUUCCCACUGAAACAACUCUUUACUACUGUCUUUCAGAUUGCAAGGCAGAAAAAUGCAAUAGUAAGUGAUUUGAUCUCAAAUGAAGGUGCUUGGAUUCUAAAUUUCUCUAGAAAUUUAAAUGAGUAGGGGAUGUUGAAAGUGGCAAACCUGUUGCAGAUUAUUAGUGGUCCUUCUCGUCUUUUGAAUGAAGAUUCAAGACAGUGGCGCUAUGGAGACGAUUUUUCAGUGGCUAAUGCAUAUGCUGCUCUGGAGACUGGUGGCUUGUUAACUUUCCCUGACAAAUAGUUGUGGAAAUCAAAUGUGCCAUUAAAGGUUUCAUUUCUUGUCUGGACUUUGUGCUUUAGUGGUGCUCCAACCUUUUAUUAUUUACACAAUGUUGGAGUGGUGCAAGACCCUACAUGUGUUUUACGUGAUGAUUGCUUGGAAAAAAAUGAACAUUUAUUCUUGCAUUGUAGGCUUGUCUUUGAUAUCUGGGCUUAUUUUCUUAAGAGCUUUGACAUCAAUUGGGUAUUAUCUAGAAAUGUGAAGAAAAAAUUAUGGGAAUGGGGUGAUAGGUCCCGGAGAAGAUCUAGAAACAAAAAAAAAACAUUGGAGUAUCUUGCCUUUUGCCAUUUGGUGGUGUGUCUGGACUGAACGAAAUGCGAGAGUUCAUAAUAAUGUGAAGAAGGACUUGGAUCAGCUGACUACGGAUGUAAAAUGUUUGAUGUUUAAUUGGGGUUUGAAGUCUCAGUUAUUUUCUAGUUUUUCGUUGUCUACCUUGCUAUGUAAUUGGAAUGCAGUAAUGCACACUUCCAUGUAAUUUUUGUUAUUUUGUGUCACCUUUUUGGUGACAUAAUGAUAUUUUUAAUCUAU